CCUUUUCAAUUUGUGAUCUCAUGAAAUGAACUGAACUUGAGUUACAUUGAUAAAGAGAAGUGAAUCUAAAUACUUUACAUAAAUUUGAUACAAUAUUGAGUGCACUACAUGUAUUUUGUAACAUUGCCCAUCAGAGCCAGUCCGCCAACAAUUGCUGCAUAGCUGCAUGCAACAUCUAAAAAAGUAGGCAGUUAGGCACAGACCUACAUGUAUUCAAACAUUGACCGAGGCAGGACAGGUCAUCAGAGCGCAUCAGUUGCUAAGGCAACGCCACAUGAAAGCAAAAGUCACAUCAGCAUUUUGUAUGAGCAUAAACGUCAUCUUUUGUGCAGCUUCGAGAAAAGCUUUUAAAGAGACAGUGAAAACUAUGGCUCCAAUACAUAGAUUCCUGAGUGUUGAUUUGAAUACUGAACAGAGAUGUUAUCAGAGAAAAACGUGUAUAUAUGUACUUGAUUAGAAAUACAUGUACAUGUAGUAAUGAAGUAAACAGCCAGGAUGAUUUUCCAUUGAGUGGAUUGAAUGGAUUUUCAUAUGGUGGUUCUGACAUAUUUGUUGGACAUAGUUUAAACUUUGACACCUGCAGAGCCUAAAUACAUAUCGAGAAGAGAAAAGUUUAGCAGUUUCUGGAAAAUGAAUAAAGUGUCAGUCAGCCUCUGUCAUGACUCUUGGGAAAACUGGAUAAUAUCAGAGGAUGGUGUUCCCCAAAGACAAUUUUGUGAAAUGACCACCAGUAAGCCAGAUGGAUCAACUGAAUUAUGCCACAACCCAUUUAGGCCUCCACGUGAUGUCCAUGACAGACCAAGCAAACCCAAAAAUGUCAGGAUGACAGACUACAACAAGAAUAUCCAGCCAUCAGAUGCAUUGUCAGAGGUUCAGCAGUACACCUGUGUCAACAUCACAUUUAAUUUGGAAGAAUAUGCCGCACGUAAUAUAAAAGGGCUGCAGUUCUCGUUACGGUCAAUGUCAAUAAUUGACAUGAACAAGUUCUACUGCUUCAACUUGAAUUUCAGCGAGACCGGCCUGAACUAUUUUGCAGUUUUGGAUACAAAUGACAAUCAGGUGGAUAUAACCUUCUCAUGCUUUUGUGGGUUGAUGCCUGGUAGACAGUAUGAUGUUGGUGUACGAACAAUGCCUGUGGAUAUUAUUGGCAGCAGUCAAUAUGACACUAUUGUAGUUAUUCCUCAUAUUCCUCCCGGGUGUAACGAUGCUACAAAAACAAAAGACGUCCGAUGUCAAAAGAGUGCGGCAGCACGAUGGGCGCCAAACUGUGUGAACAUCAAGCAGAACACCAGCACACUUGACUACCAGGGAGACUACGAUAUCAUCGAAGUUGCCUUCGAUGUGGCCCCAGAUAGCUACUGCCUCGAUGUUUAUGAUGUGUUUGUGUAUCAAGAUAAACCAGUCCAGCUGAUCGAUUUGUCUUUAAUAGAUAUGAGCACCAUGAUAACUGUGAAUCGGAGUUGCAAUGAGCUACAUGGUAGGAAUGUGCCCUUCGUUAUAGUUCAUCUCAAUUCCAAGCAUUCCUCCCGAAGUGGAACUUCAUGGCCUCUUGACAAAGAAUUUUAUAUUGCCAUACAACCAUAUUCCUUCACAUGCAAGAAAUGCAAGAAUGCAGAUGGAUCAAACACAGGAUGCAAACGGACUUUCACUAAGAAUUUCAGUAUAAUUGAGAAUCCAUGCAAAGACAAUCCAUGUGGCCAACAUGGACUGUGCAAGUCAGAAGCAGACCGUUACCACUGCGUGUGCUCACCAGGAUAUAUGAUGUGGAAUGGUACUUGCUUAGUGGACCCGUGUAGGAGUGGAAUCAACUUCACCAAUCCCUGUCAACAUGGGGAGUGCAGUUACACACCAGCGAGAGACCACUACGUGUGUUAUUGCAAUGAGAACUAUUUGAAUGUGGGGAAGACGUGCUUAUCUGAUCCAUGUUCAAAAAACCCAGAGACGGGCACCACGUUAUGUGGUGCACAUGGUCAGUGCAACCGGACAUUUACCGAUGACGCUGUGAGUUUCAAGUGCGUCUGUGAUCCCGGCUUCAAAGUUCAAGACAAGGAAAUGUGUGAAGAAGUCACCCAACCUGUGUGGGUCAUCGUAGUGGUAAGCUGCGUCUGUGGGUUGCUGCUGUUUGGGUUGCUGUUCUAUCUUGGGAAAAGAGCGGGCCUGUUUGCUUGUGCCCAUCGCGUCCAGCGUUCACCUGGAGACACCUACACAGUUAUUCCACAACCUGAACUGCUACCAAGAAAUGUUGUGGAUUUGGAACUUAAUUACCGCCGUGUGUUACCAAUUUUCUCGGAUGAUCACCCAAGACACAAGAAUGUGGUCGUGCAGCUCUGUCGUUUCCUACAGAGGCACUUGAAGUGUGAGGUGGCCCUCUUGGACUGGCAAAGAACCGUCGGUCCCACUGUCGAGAUGUGGCUGACCAACGAGAUUGAGAAAGCUGACGUUGUCCUGCUGCUGUGCUCCAAAGGCACCAGACUGAAGUAUGAAGCAAAGGCAAAGAAAGAUGACCCAGUGCCCAUAAACUCGGUGAGUGAGUAUGGGGACGUAUUUGUCAAGGCGCUCACCCUACUUGAUGACUAUUUUGGCAGGAGCAGUGCAGACGAGAAGUUUAUUGUCGCCUACUUUGACUACUCUCGCCUCAGUGACAUACCUGUGACUUUCCGUCGCUUUGCCACAUACCGUCUAAUGCAAAGCAUGGAGGGACUCUUUCUUCGGAUACAUGGUAAGGUGAGAGAUAGCCCCCUGUCUAGCAGGCGUGUUCCCAGUUUGGAGAGGUACCAGAAUUUAGAGAUGGGAAGGCCACUGCACAUGGCCAUCGAGUCUAUGAAGGAGCUGAUCCGGGCUGAUGCCUCGUGGUACGAGCACCACAACAGAAGGCCCUGCUCAGAGACAUUGGGAUGCUUCAAAAGUGACCCGUGUGAGCCUACUGAGAGCAGAAUGACAGAAGCACUCUCAUGGUUCUUUGAUGAAAACUCGAGCGGACGAGGGAGCGAUGCAGACAAAUAUGAAGAGCUUUUGUCUCAAUUCGAUAGUGUUCCCCCAAGUACUCAUCAGGCCGAAGGUACUUCCAGAUCAUGUCCAUUAGGACAGGCUGCCAGUUCAUGCAUGCCUGAGGCCAAGUUCCUGUCGGCUGACUCUGAGCUGGUCGUGGACUCUGGGUUUGUAGAUUCUCACGUUUAAGGCAUAUCCAGGGGGUGUCAAAUGAUCGCUGACUGUCAUGAUGUGAGGCAUUCAGUUUUACGUCCAAAGUCUGCACAAUGCUUUAUGGAAGGAGCACAGAUUCCAUCAGAUCUGGGGGAGGGGUGGGGCCAGACACACAACAUGCUACUCAGAGGAGCUCAUCUUCUGAGUUUUGGAUAUAAAAUUUUACAUUGUAAUCAAUCUUCCAUCAUUUUUGUCAUGUAUGUUUUGUUUUGUCGUUGCUGUCUCUUUACUAUACUGUCAUGUCCGGGCAGCAGAAAGACGUUUGUCAAUUAGUUCUGUUGUAUAUGAGAAUGUCAUUAGACUUGCAAGAUGGCUGUUGUGUACGAGGUCUGUGUAUGAUGUAGAGUGUGUGCAUCGUCUCUUGUGCCUAGCUAUGACUCAGUGUGUAGACAGCCGUCGUUCGUUAGAAUGGAUAGUCCUUACAGGUUCUUCUCAGAAGAGAUUGAUUUCACGUAUGAUGUGCCCACAAACAUGCUCUCAGUCUAGCCUGCACAAUUCAAAGUUUCAAAUCUUACUUACAUUAGUUUCCUAAGGCUGGCUUCUUUCUCUUCGCCACUGAGGACUUACCUGUGCAGAGCAAGAUAAGCCUGAUCUUCUCAGGGAAGUUGGAUAUCACUUGUGGUUUAACCAGCGGUGCAUCUGGGUCUUGGGUUUAGGGGGCGGGGGACUAAGGAAAAGGGGGGGUUGUUGGCCGGUGCCUGCAAUUCUUCAAAAAGAAAACUGAAGUUGGCAACGUGCCUCUGGGGAACAACCAAAGGGAGUUUGCUGGCCGGUGCCUGCAAGUCUUCAAAAAGAAAACAAAAGUUGGCGACGUGCCUCAGGGGAACAACCAAAGGGGGUUUGCUGGCCGGUGCCUGCAAGUCUUAAAAAAGAAAACAAAAGUUGGCGACGUGCCUCAGGGGAACAAGCCCCCAGAUACACCACUAUUUUUUGGGGUAUACUGUUUCUUCCUGCUUCUUUCGUACGUAUAUACAUACAAGAGAUGAAGAAUUCUGUCAACCGGCCAAAUGUUCAGUGUAAGAGACAAUUAAUAUUUGGAGAGACUUCAACCUAUUUGAAAAACUCUAAAUUCACGUGCAAAAUGUUUCAGUGGAACAUUUCACAAAUAUAAAAUGUUGAUAUUUUCAGUGCACGAAGAAAAUUCUAUUCCAUGAUUUUUCCCAUUGCCUUAUUUUUUUUCUUAUUUAUCUGACUAACUCUUUCAACUGUUUGACUCCAGGGUCCUCUUGAAGCUUUGUUAACCAAAUCAAAACUUCAUUUUUAAAAUUUGUAUAGCUAUGUUUGGAUUGAUCAGUUUGACUUAGGAUAUUACUUAAUACUAUUAGAAAUUUCUGAACGUUGCCCCGCGUAUUGAAAUAUCUGUGCACAUUGAGGACACCUGGAUUUAAAGAGGUGCCAAAUGAACUGUGUAUUUCACAAACAGUAUUAUGUAAACCUUUUGGAUAAAGACAAAUUAAUUUUUGAAUUGAUGAAUUUCUAAACAGUUAUUUUUGCAUUUAAGUGUUCAUCUGGCAGUUCGAGUGCGCAAAGAUCACAUAUAAUGUAGUUUAUGAUAGAAAGGUGUUUUUUUCUGUGUUUCAUGUCUUUGAAACGGCCAAAGACAAGAGCAGAACAGUCUUUGAAUUUGAUUGUUAUGUAAACAUCAGGAAACCUUGGUAUAAGUUGUCAUAUUUGAUAUAGGCUGUGCUGGAAACCGGCAGGUAUUGGCGAUAUUUUGGGUGCGGCUCGUAUGUAACCCUUGAAGUCUUUCAUGCUACAGUUCCAGUUGGUGACUGCUGGAGGUAUAGGCGUAAACAAAAUUACGUACUGUCACAAAGGUGCUUUAUUAUGACUACAUUUCCAGAAAAUUCUAUUUCUGUAUUUCAUUGUUGGACUUUCAGGGUAUUCUUACUAACUCAGUGUUUGUAUAUUUUGUGCAUUAUUUGAUGUGGUGCAUUUCAAUAGUCCUUUUUGCUCUUGUGACUUCAAUGAAUUCUAGAAGUGCUUACGUGUAUGCUGCAUUUCCUUGGUGUUUUAUAAUUUGUGCAGUUUUUUUUCUCUAUUUAUUCGCUUUAAAUAGGGUCCCAUUUUUUCCUUUUCAUUUGUUCAUCCUGCAGAUUUUGAUUUUGUUUUUUGCCUGUAAAUGUAGUAGUGUCAUCGUGGCCACCGUGAAUUGAAGACGGUUGUAUGGAUGAUGUGUGAAGAAGAUUCUGACUUUCAAAUUCUCGUGAGGGAUUGUACGAAGUGCAGUAAAGAUUAUCUCGAUGCUUUCGAGGCCCUUGAGAAACAAAAUGGAAUCCAGAAAACCUUGCUCUUACAUGUGACACUCGAAGUCAGGGUGUCAUACCGGUGUAUAGACAUUGCGUUUUCCUAACCUCUCGGCUGUGAUGAGGUGGGUCGCCCCCCCUCCAAGCUCUGAGACAGUGGCGCAUCAAGCGGUGGGCAGGGGAAAACUUGCCUGUCCCACGACGGAUAUUUUUACAAGAAUAUUUAAUAGGUAGGAAAGUAAUCGGUAUAUUUAUUUACCUAAUAUAAACACUACCAAAUAAAAGCAAGGAUGUCGGGCCCGCGACUCCCCUGACAUCAUGUUGACUGA